AUGAGUACCCAUGAAUUACAGACGAAGACGAAGGAGGAGCUGGAAAACUUGCUCAUCGAUCUGAAAAAAAGAUUGUCCCUUUUGAAAGAACGGAAAAAUGUUGAUCCGCCCUCCCCGGGUGCGAUUGAGGCUUUACGUAAGGACAUCGCACAGACGUUAGUAGUCCUUAAUGAACGAAACAGGGAAUUCCUCAAGCGACAAUACAUUGGAAAGAGGAGCCAAACGAGGGGUACGAGGCGGCGUGGUGUCCAGCGUGCCGGUGGUAAGAAACCUACCGGAAAGAACAUAACACCGUCUUCUUCGAUUAAUCAAUUGCACUUGACGAGUUGA